UCCUCUCUGCCCCGGCACAGCCGCCACCGGCUUGGCCUCGUUGGGAACGAGCCCGCCCGCCACGGGCAGCGAUCCUGGGGGAGCCAAGCUCUUCAUGACGGAAACCCAACCCGGGAGCGUCCGGAGCGGGGACGGCAGCUGCGUCUGGGGACGGGGAGGACGGCAGCAACGGGGACAAGGACACCCGCGCCCCGUCCCCCCCGCAGUGCCCGCUGCAGGCCAUGGGAAACGGCAUGAGCCAGAUCCUCCCCGGCCUCUACCUUGGGAACUUCAUCGAUGCCAAAGACCUGGAACAGCUAAACCGGAACAAGAUCACCCACAUCAUUUCGAUCCAUGAAUCUCCCCAGCCCUUGCUGCAGGACAUUACCUACCUCCGCAUCCCCCUGCCCGACACCCCCGAGGCCAACAUCAAGAGGCACUUCAAGGAAUGCAUCAGUUUUAUCCACCAGUGUCGCCUGCAUGGAGGGAACUGCCUCGUCCACUGCCUCGCCGGCAUCUCCCGCAGUACCACCGUGGUUGUCGCCUACGUCAUGGCCGUCACGGAGCUGAGCUGCCAGGAGGUGCUGGAGGCCGUCCGAACCGUCCGGCCCGUCGCCAACCCCAACCCCGGCUUCAGGCAGCAGCUGGCUGAGUUCGGCGGCGGCGCAGCCCGCAAGGUCCGCAGGCACCUGAAGCAGAGGUAUGGGACAUCGCCUUUCAACGACGAGGAAGAAAUAAAGGCUUUGCUGCCAGCGGGGAGAGGAGGACCACCCAGGACAGAGGGAGCUCUGCAAGGACUGGUCCCAAGAACCAGAGACAUCAGAAGCACAACUCCCUUCCUGCUGCGGGUGAAGAGGACGUUCUCCUGCAUCCCGGCUUGUCUGAAGUGACCCCAGCCGAGGGAGAGCAGCAAGAAUCGCCCAACAGCCUGGGAGAGGAAGGAGCCGGAACACAGCGGGCUGGGGGAGCACUGUGGAGGGGAGCCGCACCAAGCCCAGCUCCUUCUUCUCCUCUGGGGUGCGAGCGUGCCAUCCUCUGUCCUGGCUCUCAGCUGCCGGGGAGGGAUUCAUGUGCGCUGCUGGGCUCUGCAGCGCUCGGUGGGCUCAG